CCCAAGUGGAAUUCUGACACUUCUCCUAUAGAGAACUUUGGAAGGUGUCUGCCGCAUUGAUCCUGGAGUGUGUAUUUAUUUGGGGUUAUAUAAAUCUGAUCUGUGGAAGCCACCUGAGGUCAGGACGAGAUGGAGGGUAUCCUUCAGGAGUAGGAUGUGUCCAGCAUCAUCUCUGGGGAAGGGGACCAAAAAAUUUAUCUUCCAAACAAGGACUGUUUCAAGAACGGAAGGGGCUCCAUUAAUAUUUUCACCUGGACAAGAGGCAAACACCAGAAUGUCCCCGAUGAAGGGAUAUAUAAUGGACCUUCUUGAUGUGAAACCUGCCAGAUGGGCUGGAAAGUCCAUAUACUGGAACAAGUAUGACUUCAGUUGUUUGGGACAAGGACAGGGGACAAGAGAAGAAAACGGGCAAAAAGAGAAGCCUGUACUCAGCCAAGUGUGCAGAGAUGUUACAUAUGAUUGCUCUUCAGGGAACCGGGCCUCCAGCCCACACCCCAGCAGCUCAACCUCCUCCUCCCCGAAUUGACUGUCCCUUCUCUGGAACUCCUAGGCCUGACCCCACUCCCUGGCCCUCCCAGCCCACGAUUCCCCUGACCCGACUCCCUUUCCCAGAAUUCAGUCGCCUGAACCCCCAGCCUGUGGUUCUCUUCUAGGCCUCAGCCUUUCCUGCCUUUGACUGAAACAGCAGCAUCGUCUAAGCCCUGGGGGCUUCCCCAGGCCCCAGCCCCGACCUAGAACCCGCCCGCUGCCUGCCACGCUGCCGCUGCCGCUUCCUCUAUAAAGGGACCCGAGCGUCCGGGCCCAGGGGCUCCGCACAGCAGGUUCUCCCCCAUGACACCACCAGAACGUCUCUUCCUCUCAAGGGUGCAGGGCACCCCCCUACACCUCCUCCUUCUGGGGCUGCUGCUGGUCCUGCUUCCUGGGGCCCAGGUGAGGCAGCAGGAGAAUGGGAGUUUCUGGGGUGGUCCAGCCAAACCUUGAGCCCUAAAGCUCCCCCUCAACUCUGUUCUUCCCUAGGGGCUCCCUGGUGUUGGCCUCACACCUUCAGCUGCCCAGAUUGCCCGUCAGCACCCCAAGAUGCAUCUUGCCCGCAGCACUCUCAAACCUGCUGCUCACCUCGUUGGAGACCCCAGCAACCAGAAAUCACUGCGCUGGAGAGCGAACACAGACCGUGCCUUCCUCCAGGAUGGUUUCUCCUUAAGCAACAAUUCUCUCCUGGUCCCCACCAGUGGCAUCUACUUUGUCUACUCCCAGGUGGUCUUCUCUGGGAAAGCCUACUCUCCCAAGGCCACACCCACCCCACUCUACCUGGCCCAUGAGGUCCAGCUCUUCUCCUCCCAGUACCCCUUCCACGUGUCUCUCCUCAGCUCCCAGAAGAUGGUAUAUCCAGGGCUGCAGGAACCCUGGCUGCACUCGAUGUACCAUGGGGCUGCGUUCCAGCUCACCCAGGGAGACCAGCUAUCCACCCACACAGAUGGCAUCCACCACCUAGUCCUCAGCCCUAGUACUGUCUUCUUUGGAGCCUUUGCUCUGUAGAACUUGGGAAAAUUUGGAAAGAAAAAAUAAUUGAUUUCAAGACCUUCUCCCCAUUCUGCCUCCAUUCUGACGAUUUCAGGGGUCACCACCGCCUCUCCUUUGACCAUUCCAACAGCUCAAGUCUUCCCCAGUCAAGUCAGCUGGAGCUUUCAAAGAAGGAAUUCUAGGCAUCCCAGGGGACCACACCCGCCUGAACCAUCCCGGAUGUCUGUCUGGCUGGGGAUUUCAAGCCUGUCUAGGAAUUCCCAGCCCAAAGCUGUUGGUCUGUCCCACCAGCUAGCUGGGGCCCAGAUCCACACACAGAGGAAGAGCAGACACGUGGGGGAGCUUGGGGGAUGACAGGGGGCAGGGAGGGGACUAUUUAUGAAGGCAAAAAAUUAAAUUAUUUAUUUAUGGAGGAUGGAGAGAGGGGAAUAAUAGAAGAACAUCCAAGGAGAGAGAGAGAGAGAGGCCCAAAAGAUGAAGAGUGAGAAGGCAUGGGCACAAGGCUGACCAAGAAAGAAAGAAGUAGGCGUCACGGGGGGUCACGGGGCCUCAGAAGGCAGCGAAAGGCCCUGAAAGCCAGCUGCCGACCAGAGCCCCACACGGAGGCAUCUGCACCCUGAUGAAGCCCAAUAAAUCUCUUUUCUCUGAAA